AUGAAGACGGAAGAGGCGACAGGUGGCGGCCCGAUGAGCAGUAGCCCGGAUGCGGCGAGUCGGGAGCCGAACACCAGCGGCAACAGAGCCAAGAAGCGCCUGCUGCUGCCAAGAAACCGACUCGAGCAUUCGGGCAGUCUCGAGCCGCCCAACCUCAAGAAAAACAACUCGGGUUCCGGCGAGCGUCCCCAAGCCCACGAGUCCCACCCCUUCAAGCCGAACACCGAGAACCAGCGCAAGUGGUGCGAGCGGAUACUGACUACGAAAGUGAAAUCAAUCCUCCGCGAGUUCGAGUCGAUCCGCGACGACACGGCCGACAACGCGGAGAAGGACGGCGGGGCCGAGAGGUUGCAGGAGGCUAAGAAUAGAUACCCAAACAUCCCCCUGGCCGAGAAAUCACGUGUCGUCCUCCGCCACGUCGAGCACGGGUACAUCCACGCAAGCUGGGUGAGGGUGCCGAGCCAUGGGUCCGCUUACAUCUGCGCCCAGGGGCCGUUGGACAGUACGGUGGAUGAUUUUUGGUCGAUGAUGCUGCAGGAAAAGGUGCGGAUCAUCCUCCAGCUAUGCGACUACGUUGAGGGCGAAAAAGAGAAAUGCGCGCGGUACUUGCCCGAGAAGCCGGCCGACCAGAUGCAGUGCGGCGAGGUGACGGUGCGAAAUGACGGCGAGGGCUCGACUAUCGGUCUUCCCCUCAGCGCCCGCGUCACCAAGCUGCACGUCAGCAGCAAGACGCUGGGGCUGAAGUCGGUGACGCUUGAGCAUGUGCUGUUGCCAGACUGGCCCGAUCAGUCGGCCCCCGCAAAUGCCGACGACAUUGUCAAGCUGUACGGGUGGAUGAAGGAUCGGCAGCAGGGCAAGCGGCCGGUGGUGGUGCACUGCUCGGCGGGGAUUGGGAGAUCGGUGACGUUCGUUGCCAUCGACUACGCGAGCGUGUGCAUCAGCAACGACCCGAACCGCCCGAUGGCCGACGUCGUGCAGGAGAUUCGACGACAGCGCAUUAAGGGCAUCCAAUCGGCCUACCAAUACCUCUUCCUCCACGUAUGCAUGCUCGACAAUUUUGCUAGGGAAAACGUCAUCCAACUCGACGACCGGCUGCGCAUCUUCAAGGACGAGUACGCACGCAUCGUCGAGCGAAAGAACCAGAAGCAAAAAGCCGCCGCGUCGGCAGCAACCGCCACC